CUUUCUGUCAUUCCACCAGCCAUUCCCAGCCGCAGACCACCACUCUGUGUGAAAUUGGCCAUGAACACCAUGUUCCAGUCCAUCACGCGCCUUGCGCGCCCCGUCAUCUCCAAGCCGCUCUCCCAAUCCCCCAGGACAUUCACCACCCUCGUCCCUCUCCGACCGUCCCUCACCCCCCUCACAGCCGCCAUCCGCCGAACUGCGUCCCCCACAAGCUUCACCCCCUCCGCUGCCGGCGCCGCCGAUGUCGUCCCUUCAUCCGCCAUCUCAGCGCACCCCGCGUUCGGAGACAUGCAGAUCCGAUGCGGACCGCGAAACACGAUGAACGGACAUACUCGACUGGUUCAGAAGCGUAGACAUGGCUUCCUCUACCGCAUGCGAAGCAAGACUGGCCGCAAGAUCCUGUUGCGGAGGAGGAUCAAGGGCCGCAAGAACAUCGCCGCUUGAGUGCACCAGAUCACUACUAGGAAUCGAAGGGAAAUGCCAUUGGACAUACUAUGGGGACGGAAUUGGCCCUAGAAGGAGAGGGAAAGGUCACGACGACCAAGGCCAUCUCCUGUACGAUA